GGAAGAUUAUGUUGAUGAAUUGGUUGAUACAAAAGGUUUAUACUAUUAAAUUAUGCCAUUUAAAUUAUUUUUUUGACAAACAGACUAACUAUUUCUGAUCAAUAUAAUUUUUUUUUCAUAGGUGUGACUGUAGAGUGUGAAGAUAAUAAAUUGAAUUUAGAAUUGUUGUACCCUACUGACCGAGGACAUUUUAAUGAAGAUAUAUCAGGUUCUCUUAAACGAAGCAUUUUAUUAUUUGGACCAUGUAAACCUUCAAUUGAGUUUGAGAAGGAUGAUAAAAAUAGAUCUUUUUCAUUGAGCUAUUAUCAUAUGAUUACUAAGACUGGUUCAAAAAUUCCACGUUCCUGGCUCUGUUAUUCUGUAAUUUUAAAAAAAGCUUAUUGUGAGUCAUGUUGGUUAUUUGCAAACAAAAAUAAUUCAAGCUACAGGUCUGAAUGGAUAUCUGGUAUUGAUGAUUGGCAGCAUUUAUCAUAUUUAAUAACUCGUCAUGAAAAAUCGCUACAACAUGUUGAAGCCACAACUGUUAGAGGAACUUGGGUUAAAAAUGCUACAAUUGACAAGAGUAUAGAACAACAUAUAUCUAAAGAAGCAGAAUAUUGGCGAAAUAUUCUGCGACGGAUUAUAAAAGUUAUAUUAACUCUCACAGCAGGAAACACUGCUUUAAGAGGGAAUGAAGGUAAGAAAGGAGAUUAUAAGCCUGAAGAGCUUGAAGGUAAUUUUAUGCGAACAAUUCGUCUAUUAGCUGAUUUUGACCCAUUACUUCAUGAACUUUUAAAUGACCCUACUAAACAUAUCAAAUAUUUAAGUUGGAAGGUUCAAAAUGAAUUGAUUAACAUUUUAUCUGAAAACUUAUGUAAUAUCAUAUGUGAAGAAAUAAUAAAUUGUUCUUUCUUCUCAAUAAUAUUAGACUCUACUCAAGACAUAACGAAAAUCGACCAAGUCAGUGUUAUUAUAAGGUAUGUGAUUGUUGACUAUGAAACACAUACAAUUAAUAUUAAAGAAUCAUUUUUAGGAUUUUAUGCUUUAGAACAGCAUGGAGCAAUGGACUAUGCACAGUUAAUACAAGAUGUUUUACACAAAAAUAAUAUAAACAUUAACAAUUGUAGAGGGCAAGGAUACGACGGAGCAUCUGUAAUGAGUGGUCAGUACUCUGGAGUUCAAAAGAGAAUAAAUGAUAUUGUUCCAACUGCAUCAUUUGUCCACUGCUGUGCUCAUAACUUAAACUUAGUAAUAUCUGAUGCCUCUAAAAUUUCACCAAGCAUGUCAAGAUUUUUUGAAACCGUGCAGAAUGUGUUUAAUUUCUUUAGCUCAAGUGGUCCACGAUGGGCGUCAUUAGCAUUAGGAGAUAACACAGCAUCAAAAAUUAAGAAAAAGGUAUUAAAAAAAGUGUGCUCUACCCGAUGGGAAUCUAGACAUACUGCAGUAUUUGCAUUAAAAGAACGGUUUAUUGAUGUAAUCAAAUGUUUAACAGUAAUAUCACUUACAAGUAGUAAAAAAGAUGAACGAGAUAUGAUACGGAUAUUUCAUUAG